UUACAUCACAUAAAAAGAAAUUUUCGUCAAAUUUACACUAACAUUACAUAUCGGAAGGACAGCAACAGAAGCAAGUGGAAGAUGGAUACAGAGAAGAGGAAAGCAUUAUAUCGUGCGAAACUCAACGCCCAGAAGAAGGAAAAGCGAAUUAAUUCUCCUCUCGUUAGGUACAAUGAAGCGGACCAACCUGUAUGUAGGGUUUGCAAUGUAGUUUUGAAAUCUGAAUUCUUGUGGGAUGCACACCAAGCUUCUCGUAAACAUCAUGAGGCAAUAAAUAAUCUCAAAGCCAAUGCAGCUGGACGUUCACAUGUUAACACUACAAAACCUGAAGCCAAUACAGAGUCUCCUACACCUUCACAUACAAAUAAUUCAAAAUUACGUGACACAGGUGAAGCAUCAACAAAAUUGACCAAGCCUCAGUCAUCGUCUGUGCUUCCUGCAGAUUUCUUUGACAUCCAUAAGACAGAAUCAACUUUACCUGCUGCUGCACAUUAUUCAGAGUUGGGUGAUAAAAAUUUGGAACCCUCAGAAAAAUUAUCUAAGCGCCAAUUAUCAUCUGUCCUUCCUGCGAACUUUUUUGAUAAUCCCGAGUCCAAGAGACAAAAAACAGAUACAGAAAAGUCAUUAAACUCGAAUUCCUACAAGAAGUCCGGCAGUUUUGGUCAAACAAAGGUGGAGACUUUCCUAGAAGAUGAAAUUGAUGGGGUACGCAGUGGUAAUGAUGUGCAAACAAAAAUCACUGGGAAUAGCAGCGAAUCUAAACAGACACCUGUUACAAACAUGAAGCAAGUAAAAGGUGCUCUUCCUGAAGGCUUCUUUGAUGACAAGGAAGCUGAUUUGCGUGCUCGUGGGAUUAAGCUUGUCAAACCAGAUGUCAAGGAUGAGUACAAGGAAUUUGAAAAGUUGAUUCAAGAAGACAUGCGGGAAGUGGAUGAUCGUCUGGAAGAAGAGGAGAUUGAUGCUGCUGAGACGAUUGAAGAGGCUGAAACAGAAGAACAAAAGAACUAUAGGGAAAAAGUUGAGUUUUUGAGAAAGAAGAAAAAGGAGCUGAUGGCUGCAAGGUCAGCGGCCAAACGCGACAUAGAUUCUAGGGAUGCUAAAAAGUCAUCAACUAACGAAGAGUCAUCUAGUGAUGAUGACGACGAUGAUGAGAAUUUCACAGUCGAUUGGAGAGCGCAACAUCUUUGAAACCAAAUGGGCAAAAACAAUUUCUUCUUCAAAGAUCAUAACAUAAUUUGGUAUGUGAUAUCACUUCUUUAUGACAAAAAAUGCAAAAAUUACAUAUGAUGUGGUUCUCUUGACCUUUUUUUUAGCAAAUUAGUAGAAGUGUCAUUAUUCAAAUUUUGCCCUAGAACACAAGACAAUGAUAUAAUAGGCUAGAGUUUUCAAGAUGUUAUAUGAGUCCCUGACUGGAAUUUUUUAUGAUCUAUAUUCUGCUAAUUCCCCACUAA